GGCAGAGCUGUCAUUAACUAGUUGUGCUAUAGACAGCUGCCGGGGGAGCGCUGUGUUGUACCUUCAGCAAUAUAUACACAACACAGCAGACUGUGCAAAUCAAAACCCGGGAGGAGGGACUCUUACCUGCUCUUCUGCCUCUUGCUUUCUCUCUCUGGCUCCCUGUGUAAAAAGUUUCUGGUGAUUAUGGCUGAUGUGAUACACCUGAACGACUCGUCCUCAGCGGACGUAGCCAACCGGUUCGCCCGCAAAGGAGCUCUGAGACAGAAAAACGUCCACGAAGUGAAAGACCACAAGUUCACAGCCCGGUUCUUCAAACAGCCCACCUUCUGCAGCCACUGCACCGACUUCAUCUGGGGGUUUGGAAAGCAAGGAUUUCAGUGCCAAGUUUGCUGUUUUGUGGUCCACAAGCGGUGUCAUGAGUUUGUCACGUUCUCAUGCCCUGGUGCAGACAAGGGGCCCGACACUGACGACCCUAGAAGCAAGCACAAGUUUAAAAUCCACACGUAUGGAAGCCCCACGUUUUGUGAUCACUGCGGCUCGCUACUCUACGGACUCAUUCACCAAGGGAUGAAAUGUGACACUUGUGAUAUGAAUGUCCACAAGGUGUGUGUAAUGAACGUGCCCAGUCUCUGUGGCACCGACUUCACAGAGAGAAGAGGACGGCUGUUUCUGAAGAUUGAAGUGACUGGAGACAAGCUGCACGUCACAGUGGGAGAGGGGAAGAACUUGAUUCCGAUGGACCCGAAUGGAUCCUCGGACCCCUACGUGAAGCUGAAGCUGAUCCCAGAUCCCAAAAACGAAACCAAACAGAAGACCAAAACCAUCCGCUCCUGCCUCAACCCCAACUGGAACGAAUCCUUCACAUUUAAACUGAAGCCCACAGAUAAGGACCGGCGCCUGUCUGUGGAGAUCUGGGACUGGGACCGGACGACGAGGAACGACUUCAUGGGCUCCCUCUCCUUCGGGGUGUCCGAGCUCAUCAAGUCCCCUGUGUGUGGCUGGUUCAAGCUGCUGAACCAGGAGGAGGGCGAGUACUACAAUGUGCCCAUCUCUGAGGCUGACGAUGGGAACUUGGAGCUCAGGCAGAAGUUUGAGGGCUGUCAUAUUAAUAUCCACUUCCUAAAGAAAGCCAGGCUCGGCCCCACUAAGAAGGUGAUCAGCCCUCCAGAUGAUAAGCAAAGUUUACCUUCAAACAACCUGGACCGGGUCAAACUGACUGACUUCAACUUCCUGGCUGUUCUGGGCAAGGGCAGCUUCGGCAAGGUAAUGCUGGCGGAGAUGAAGGGCUCGGAUGAGCUGUACGCUAUCAAGAUCCUGAAGAAGGACGUGGUGAUCCAGGACGAUGACGUGGAGUGCACCAUGGUGGAGAAGAGGGUGCUGGCACAGCAGGACAAGCCGCCCUUCCUAACCCAGCUACACUCCUGCUUCCAGACUGUGGACCGCCUGUAUUUCGUCAUGGAGUAUGUAACCGGUGGAGAUCUCAUGUACCACAUCCAACAUGUGGGGAAAUUCAAAGAACCACAAGCAGUGUUCUAUGCAGCAGAGAUUUCUGUCGGGCUCCUCUUCCUGCACAAGAAAGGAGUUAUAUACAGGGAUCUAAAGCUAGACAAUGUAAUGCUGGACUCCCAGGGACACAUUAAGAUUGCUGAUUUCGGCAUGUGCAAGGAGAACAUGUUCAAUGGAGUGACAACGAGGACGUUCUGUGGGACCCCAGACUAUAUUGCACCCGAGAUUAUUGCAUAUCAGCCAUAUGGAAUAUCAGUAGACUGGUGGGCCUUUGGAGUCCUCCUGUAUGAGAUGCUGGCCGGGCAGCCGCCCUUCGAUGGCGAAGACGAGGACGAGCUGUUCCAGUCCAUCAUGGAGCACAACGUGUCCUAUCCGAAGUCCAUGUCCAAAGAGGCGGUCUCUAUCUGCAAAGGGCUGAUGACGAAACACCCUGCGAAGCGGUUGGGCUGCGGGUCGGAGGGGGAGCGAGACAUCAAGGAGCAUGCCUUCUUCAGGAGGAUCGACUGGGACAGGCUGGAGGGACGGGAGAUCCAGCCGCCCUUCAAACCCAAAGUGAGCGGUAAAAGUGCAGAGAACUUUGACAAGUUCUUCACGCGCACUCAGCCAGUGCUAACACCACCAGAUCAGCUGGUAAUCGCCAACAUCGACCAAGAAGAGUUUGAGGGGUUCUCCUACGUCAACCCCCAGUACGUCCCCCCCUCAUUGCUGAGCGUGGUAUGAAGCUGAGAAGCAACCAUGCACAGAAAAAAAAACAGGAAGGAAGGAAGGAAGGAAGGAAGGAAGACGUAUUUGCAACAUCUCUAAUCCAGGAGCGAAUAACAAAAAGACAAAAAAAUUAUUUAAUAAUCAUUUUUCCUACUGAAUCUAUGGAAACAAGUGAAAAUAAACAUAACAUGCAUAUCAUGGUGGAAAUAAAUGUGUUCAUAACCAGUGUGCAUUGCAGCCAAAGUUUGAGUGGGCGUUAAACUAGAUUAAAAAAAAAAUCUGUACACACUGUUCAUAACGUGUUUGGCUCGGACCACUGGAUUUUUUCAAAGCAAAGAGUUCUUAAAAUAGCUUUUAACUUAUUGUUCUUCUUGCUGUACUUCACUGCAUGCUUAUAACCCUAAACCUGUGGUUCCAGUUACUCCCAGCGGGACUCGUUACUUUCUUGGCUCUUCCCAUUAUGAAUGCUAGUGGAAGUGCUGAGACUCGGCAGUUAAAGCAAGACCAGUUAUUUUCAAACAGAGUUGAGCAACUAAUGAAAGGGUGGCCUGGAUGGAGUGUCUGGAACAGUGCAUCCUCGUUUCACAAACCAACAUCUAUCCUUAAACAGUGAAUGCACUGCAUAGGCUCCUGCCAAUUGAGAUGCAGGGCAUUUCUUGUCUUGACUGAGCUCAGGGUUGAUCAUUCAGAUUCAGCCACGUAAGAUACGGGCGCGUGUAUAAGCUAGGUCGCUUUUGGGUAACGAACGUCAUAUUUACAUAUCUGUCAUAUUUCUAAGUCGUAGAAAAGUUUUUGUUUUUUUUCGAUUAUAUAUAAUCAUGUGCCAAAAUGCUAUCAUACUAGGAUAGUGGGAUUCUGGUACAAGAAAUUUUACGAUACAGGUAUAAUGUAUAAUGCAAGUCAGAGGUUAAGAGAUCAACACCACUUGACUGCAAGUGAAGACUUUUAAAGUUAAUUUGUAGAUGCAUUUGCGCUUUCAAGCAAUUACUGUAAAAAGGUUUGUUGCAGUAUUGUCUCUCACAGCAGAAUAGACAGGAAUCUUCCGAUCCGUGCCCCUUAUGGUUUCAAAAAUAGUGUUCCAUGGAAGGCACUGGAGAAAUCCGAUCUGCAUAUGGCGCUUUUUUAAAAACAGGAAACCCCUAUUUUUUUAUGUUUCUGUUUUUCAUACCAGAGUUUGGAAAUUUCACCUAUAACCUCCCACUGUUGCAAGUAGUAGCAGUAGCAUGCUUAUUUGGCUCAUAGUGAUGUAGUGGGAAGUAGGGUUCAAUUAAAGGAGUGCAGCGGAAUCUUACAAAGCUAAAAGCGAACCUGCAUGUAGCUUUAAGGAAUUUAAACAGAGGUGGGCAAAAUAUUGGGCAAAUGCACUGUACUGCACUGCACUGCACUAUACUGCACUGCACUGCACUGUAGUAAUCAGACAGCAACUGAAUGGAUCACUGUAGGACUCUACAGCAGGCCAAAGAUUUCUAGACAAAUCUAAAAUAUUGCAUCUCACUUUGAAGAAACUGAAAAAAAGAAGAGCGCAUAGGGUUAUAAAAUUAUAAAGUAAAUACAAAAAAAAAUGAAAUAAGAACUGAAAAGAUGCUAAACAUAGUGUACAUAAGGAGAAAUGGAAAUGCAUCUGUAUGCGUCAUGCAGUUAUCAUGUUUCUGUUCAACUGCCAUACAGAGCUGUACUAACUAUAUAACCCUAUCCGUGUAAAACAGAGUAUUAUAUUUAAUUAAAAAUGUGCUAUAUUUGGGCUAUGUAAAUUAGAUGUCGAGGAAUGAACGUUUAUUCUCUUAGAGAUAGUACCUUAUGCUUGACUCAAUGUUUGUUUUUCUUCCCUCUCUCUCUUUCUGUUUAUUACAAAUGGUUUAUAUUUUAUUCAUGGUAAAUCAGUUACAAUUUUUGUAUUACAAAAAAGGCUUGUACUUUCAAAAAACUUGCAGUUUUUAUACAAAUAACUGAAUGUGCUUUUAUUACAUUAGUUAGCUGAUAAUUGAAGUGGAAGACAGCUGUCCUAGCCAUGGGGGAGGAACGAUCUUCACUGUGUUCUUUAGCUUUGCUUUCAGUUAAGUGUUAAAAACUGCAAUGGUGCAAUUGGACUUUGUUGCUCUUAGAUGUGCCAGAAGAUACAUAUUUUUAACGAUUUUAUGUUUUUGUGCAUAUCUUUGAUUGAAUGCAUCUUUUUGUUGGUAUUAUCAGUGACUUGGAACAGUUUUGCCUACCGGAGAUGCAUGUAAAAGCCAGGUGCAUGCGGUGUUGCAUGCACGGUUCAUACAGUAAACAGGGUCACAGUUCUUCAGCAUGUUGAUUAAGUGUCAAACAGUGUCUGAUCUUUUACAAGCCACUGCCAUUGUUGAGAAAUAGACAAAAUCACGUUUUCAUUCAUUCCCUAGACGAUGCUCGUGGGUCUUGAUUGCAGGUUUUAUUUUUCUCAUUUUUGAUUACGACAAUGCCGGACUAAAAAUAGAAAGAUUUCAGCAGGCAGUUACUUGUUGCUCGAUAGAAAUAACGACAGAGAUGCAGUUUAGUUUUUAACAGCAGUUAUUAGAGGCGAUUGGACUUUGGCUGGAGGCAUGCCUAGUUAGGAAAAGCCUCAGUUGUUAUUACAGAAUGUUGCCAAUAUCGACUUUGCACUUACAAAGUUCCUCCACCAAACAACGACUCUUGUAUCUCAACUCAAAUGAUAAUACAGGGUGUGUUAAAGCUGAGUGAACAUGAAGCCACCGUUCCUGAAAAAGUGUUCAGAAGCUUUCCCAUUCAGGAUGAAGUCUCCUUCUUCUAAGUCUGUUUUGUUUUGUCUUUGUUUUAUACUGUGUGAAUGAAACCUGAUCUCUUGGCCAGUUUUAGAGAACUUUGCAUGUCCUGAUUCCCAUUUGUGGUGCUGAGCUAAUCCUGACUACUCCCUUAAUCUGCUGCUUCACCUUGCUGGAAAUAUUUAUUUAUUAAGUAUGAAAUGGUACAAAUUCUUGUUGUUUCUUUUAUAUAUUCUUUUAAUCACUUGUUAUUUCAUCUAAUUUAGCAAUGCUGGUUAAUUCUGUGUAAUAUUCUGGCCAAACUAACAUCACCCCCCCUUCAAUUUACAUGGUUUACAAUACAACUCUUUAUAAACACAAAGCUAUUUAGACAUGGUUUAUGCUACUGUAUAAUGUUUGUUUUCAAAGGUAUUCAAAAUGUAACAGUUAAUCAUUUUCUAAAAAACAAUAAAUACAUUCUUAUCAACGUUAUUGUAACAGUGUGACAAAGUGCUUGGCACUUGCCUCUUUUAAAGGAAACUCUUUCAAUGCACUUCUGGCAGUUUUAUAUAUAGAAACCAGUCAGAGGUACUACACAAUUUAUACCUGCUGCACUUUGUGAAUCAGUUAAUUUUUAAUAGAGAAGGCAAGCACCAUUUGGGAAUAUAACGAUUCUGAGAUAUUCAUUUGGAACCAGGAGAAAGUUAUUUUCUCUUGUUAUUUCAUUGUAUUUUACAGGCUGCUCUUGACAAAGUGCUCAUUCUUUUAACAAAUUCUUUCUUAACGAUCCACUUUAUAGUACCUGUUCCAAUUAUUAUAAUAAUUGUUAUUGUCAUUAUUAUUGUUACUGUUAAUUAUUUCUGAAUUCUGAACUAGUGCUUUCUCUACGUUUGUUUUGCAUGUUAUGCUUUGGUUCCCUGUUAAUUGUAGUUUGAAGGACAAUGUGUACAAAUAAAAAGAAUGACUCUGUA